UCAUGAUUCAGGCAUCAAAAAUGAAAGAGCUGUGCUAAAGAUGGGAUUCUUUGGAAAAUUAUGUGGAGGGGAGAAAAAGAAAGAGGAGGAGAGAUUCCUGCGAGCGAAUGACAGACCUUUCAACCUGUCUCAGCAGUACGCUAAAAAUGCCAUUAAGACUGCAAAAUACAACAUUAUUACCUUCUUGCCUCGUAACAUCUUUGAGCAGUUCAGCAGGCUUGCCAACGCCUACUUCCUUUUCCUCCUCAUUCUUCAGCUAAUCCCACAAAUCUCCUCUGUUCCCUGGUUCACCACGGCGGUCCCGCUCAUCCUAGUGCUGGCUGUAACAGGGGUCAAAGAUGCUAACGAUGACAUAAACAGACACAAACAAGAUAAGCAGGUGAAUAACCGCAUGGUGAAGGUCCUCAUAAAUGGAGAGCUAAGAGAGGAAAAAUGGAUGAACAUCCAGGUUGGAGACAUAGUCAAACUGGAGAGCAACCAGUUUGUCACAGCAGACCUCCUGUUGCUGUCCAGCAGUGAACCUCUCAAUCUUAUCUACGUGGAGACUGCUGAGUUGGACGGUGAAACCAAUCUGAAGGUCAAACAGGGCCUGACCGUCACUGGAGAGAUGGGGGACAACGUUGAACUUCUUUCGGCCUUCAGAGGGGAAGUUCGAUGUGAGCCUCCAAACAACCGUUUAGACAAGUUUAAGGGGACCUUGACUAUUGAUGGACAACAAUAUGGACUGGACAACGAUAAGAUUCUGCUCAGAGGAUGUACUGUGAGGAAUACAGACUGGUGCUUCGGUUUGGUCAUCUUCGCAGGUCCUGAGACCAAACUCAUGAAGAACAGUGGGAAAACCAUGUUUAAACGGACCAACAUUGAUCAGCUGAUGAACAUCCUGGUGCCAUGUAUCUUCGGUUUACUAGCAGUUAUCUGUGCCGGUUUGACUGUUGGCCACUCCAUCUGGGAAGGGAACCAGGGCUCAACCUUCACCGCGUUUCUUCCCCGUAAACCAGGCGUUGGCAUUCCUCUGUCGUCUUUCUACUCCUUCUGGUCUUAUAUCAUCGUCCUCAACACGAUGGUCCCCAUUUCUCUCUACGUCAGUGUGGAGAUGAUCCGUCUCGGAAACAGCUUCUUCAUAGACUGGGACAGGAAGAUGUACUAUCCUAACAAAGACACUCCCGCUCAGGCGAGGACCACCUCCCUCAACGAGGAGCUGGGUCAGAUUAAAUACAUCUUCAGUGACAAGACCGGUACUCUGACUCAGAACAUCAUGACGUUCAACAGGUGCUCCAUCAACAGGAAAAACUACGGGGAGCUGUACGACUUUUAUGGACAUAGAAUGGAAAUAACAGAGAAAGCGCAGCGAGUGGACUUCUCCUGGAACCAGCUGGCAGAUCCAAAGUUUGUCUUCCAUGAUUGCAACCUGUUGGAAACAGUAAAGGAAGGAAACCUAGAGGCCCAGGCCUUCUUCCGCCUGCUGGCUCUGUGCCACACCGUCAUGCCUGAGGAAAAGAGGGAGGGAGAGCUCAACUACCAGGCUCAGUCCCCUGAUGAGGGCGCUUUGGUGACCGCCGCGAGGAACUUUGGGUUUGUUUUCCGCUCGCGUACGCCAGAGAGCAUCACAGUCAUGGAGAUGGGGAAGAAAGUUAUAUACGAACUUCUGGCUGUACUGGACUUCAGUAACGUGAGGAAGAGGAUGUCAGUAAUAGUUCGCAACCCAGAGGGAAAGAUGACCCUGUACUGCAAAGGUGCAGACACCAUCAUCUAUGAGAGAUUACACCCCUCCUGUGAUGAACUGAAGGAAGUUACCACCAGACAUCUUAAUGAAUAUGCAGGAGAUGGCCUUCGUACUCUGGUCCUGGCCUACAAGGACUUGGAUGAGCACUACAUGCAGCGUUGGAUGGACCGCCACCACAAGUACAGCACGGCCAUGGAGGGACGAGAGGAGAAACUCGAUGAACUUUAUGAAGAGGUUGAAAAAGAUCUGAUGCUUUUAGGUGCCACCGCUGUGGAGGACAAGCUGCAGGACGGUGUGCCUCAGACAAUAGAGCAGCUGGCAAAAGCUGACAUUAAAAUCUGGGUACUGACUGGCGAUAAACAAGAAACUGCAGAAAACAUCGGCUAUUCUUGCAACAUGCUGAGGGAAGAGAUGACAGACAUUUUUAUUGUGGCUUCAAAUACAGCCGACGGGGUCAAGAAGGAGCUACAGAAUGCCAGGAGGAAAAUGUGUCCCGGCGCAGCAGAGGAGCCCAAAGUGAUCAAAGCUCGAGCUGGCCUGCUCUGGCGCCAGAAGACCCAGACCGUGCAGGAUGAGGCAGUAGAAGGAGAGUACGGCCUGAUCAUUAAUGGACACAGUUUGGCGUUUGCACUGGAAAAGGACUUGGAGUUGGAGCUGCUGAGGACUGCAUGCAUGUGCAAGACGGUGAUUUGCUGCAGGGUCACUCCUCUGCAGAAGGCACAGGUGGUCCAGCUGGUCAAGAAAUACAAGCAGGCUAUAACUCUGGCCAUUGGAGAUGGAGCCAAUGAUGUCAGCAUGAUCAAGGCUGCUCAUAUCGGUGUCGGCAUCAGCGGGCUGGAAGGGAUGCAAGCCGUUCUCUCAAGCGACUUCUCCUUUGCGCAGUUUCGAUACCUCCAGCGCCUCCUGCUGGUGCAUGGGCGCUGGUCUUAUAUUCGCAUGUGCAAAUUCCUGCGAUAUUUCUUCUACAAGAACUUCACCUACACCCUGGUUCACUUGUGGUACGCUUUCUUCUGCGGCUUCUCUGCACAGGCUGUAUACGAUGACUGGUUCAUCACCAUGUAUAAUAUGGUCUACACUGCUACUCCAGUUCUUGCUUUGGGCCUCUUUGAGCAGGAUGUUAACGACCGCUGGAGUUUUCACUAUCCUCAGCUCUACUCUCCGGGCCAGCUCAGCAAGUUCUUUAGUAAAAAAGCCUUUGUGCACAUUGUGAUGAUCAGCUGCUACACCUCCCUGGUCAUCUUCUUCAUCCCCUGGGCAGCCAUGCACGACGCCGUCCGGAGCGAUGGCAAAGACGUAGCGGAUUAUCAGUCCUUUGCUUUGUUGACGCAAACCAGCCUGCUGAUUGUGGUGAGCGCUCAGAUGUUUCUCGACACCAAUUACUGGACAGCAAUCAACCAGUUCUUCCUGUGGGGAAGCUUGGCUGUCUACAUUUCCGUCACCUUUACUUUCCUAAGCAACGGAUUGUUUUUCAUGUUCACCUCCAGUUUCCCUUUCAUUGGUGCAGCGAGGAACUGCCUACAGCAGUCCAACGUGUGGCUGACCAUUUUCCUGACUUGUCUUCUCUCCAUCCUGCCUACGGCGGCCUAUCGCUUCCUCCUCAUACAGCUUAGUCCCACCAUUAGCGAUAAGGUGAGAUAUAAGGCAAAAGAGGAGGGGCAGCCCACUCCUGCUCCUUACCGGCCACCAGCCAGGCGGGUCAGCACCCGCCGCUCCAGCUACGCCUUUUCCCACUCCCGGGGCUACGGCAAUCUGGUGACCUCCCGCAAAUUCCUGCGGCUGAGGAAGCCUUCGUCCCUGUUCAACAGAAAGGAGGCCGCUGUGGUGGAAACUCAGCCACAGUUCUACCGGACCAUAGCAGAGGAGACGGAGGAGUCUCACACUUAGGAUGCAAUCAGAGACUGAAUGACAAUCAUUUGUGUUCCUACUUUGGAACCAAACCAAGGAAUGGCUGGGAAAGGAUGCCACGGGGGACGACUCAAAUGAUGGUGUUAUUAAAAUGAAAUUUACACGAAAUGAAUGUUUAUUGAUGAUACAUAAUGACCUCAUUGUGAGUAUAUUGCAUUGAGCAAAAUAUGCAAUAAAAGCUCAGUCUGGUGCUUUCUUUA